UCUCUAGACGUCAGUAAUAACAGCUGACACUAGAACCUCACUUUCCAUAUUUUAAUAAUUAUUUUAUCUACACAAUAAUGUUUAUUAUUUUUAAUUAAAGUAUUCAAUAUUUAACUUGAUAUAUACCCAAUUAUUAUUAUUAUAUUAAUAUAAUUAAAAUGGGUAAUCAAUUAGUGGGUAUUGCACCAAGUCAAAUAUUUCCUGUUGAACAUUAUUUGACAGAUCACAGUGACCUAUUGUUUGACAUUAACUUAGGCAGCACGAGAUUUUUCAAAGUUGCGCGAGCAAGAAGUCAAGAAGGUUUGAUUGUUGUCAAAGUAUUUGUUAUUCAUGACCCGACACUUCCUCUGUCAACUUACAAUGAUAAAUUAGAAGAAAUAAGAUCGAAGCUGGCGUCUGCUGUCAAUUGUUUGCCCUUUCAAAGAACUAUACUGACAGAGAAAGCUGGAUUUAUUAUGAGAGAGUACGUCAAGUAUUCGCUGUAUGAUAGAAUUAGCACGAGACCUUUUUUGUCGAAUAUUGAAAAAAAAUGGAUUACAUUUCAAGUUCUCUAUGCACUUCAUCAAGCUCACAAGUUUGGAGUAUGUCAUGGUGAUAUUAAACUAGAAAAUAUAAUGAUAACAAGUUGGAACUGGGUUUUAUUAACAGAUUUUGCAAGUUUUAAGCCUACAUAUCUACCAGAAGACAACCCAGCAGAUUUUUCUUAUUUCUUCGACACAUCAAGAAGAAGAACAUGUUACAUCGCUCCCGAGCGUUUUGUCAAAACUUUAUCAUCAGAAUUAACCAGCACACUAUUGCUACCAGAGCAGGAAUUAAAAACAGGUGACUUGCAUCCAACGAUGGACAUAUUUUCCGCAGGCUGUGCUUUGACAGAACUCUACAAUGAAGGACACCCGCCAUUUGAUUUUUCUCAGUUGUUAGCCUACAGAAACAGCGAAUACUCCGCAAGCAAACAUCUCGACAAAAUAGAUGAUUCAGGCAUACGUGAAUUGUUAGCCUCGAUGUUGGAGAAAAAUCCAUCAAAUAGAAAGAGCGCCGAGAUUUAUUUAUCACAAGCUCGCGGAAAAAUAUUCCCCGAGUAUUUUUAUUCAUUUUUACAAUCUUACAUGCUGAUAUUUUCAGCAGCACCAAUAAUGUCACCCGAUGAAAAAAUAAAUCGCUUGAAAAAAGACAUCGGUAACAUAAUAAAUAUAUUUAAAAGUGAAGAAGAGAUCGUGUCGAGUCGUAAAAACAGCAAUAAUGACACUGAUAAAAAUGAUUGUAUGAAAAAAAGUAUUAACGGAAGUAAUAUAGAGUUGAGUCGCGAAGAUUCCGCGGAACCAAGCGAAGAAAACACGAUCAUUGAAGGUGACAGUGACCAAAGUUUCGACAAAAGCGAAAUAAAUAAUGACAUCAAAUUGUCAAAAGCUAAUGACAUUGAUAAUAAAAAAGUCGAGCAGGAUCACGUGGAAGAAUCAGUCGGACAGUCGGAGAAAGACGAGACUGUGACUGAUGCUGAAGAAUUUAAAUUAAAAUCGGACAGACUCGAAGGACUGAUUAUUAUAACUCAGCUCGUGACGUCUUGUAUCCGCGGACUGCAUCACUCGCAAUCAAAAUUACAGAGCCUGGAAAUACUUCUAGAGUUGGCGGAAAAUACAUCAGAUGAAACGAUUCUAGACCGUAUACUACCGUACAUUUUUCAUCUCGUCCAUGAUCCAGCGCCGCGUGUGCGGGUCUCGGCAAUUCAUACUCUUACAAAGUGUCUGUAUCUAGUUAAAUCAAUACCUCCGACAGACGUCAACAUCUUUCCGGAGUACAUUCUUCCAGGAUUAGCCCAUGUGACUCAAGACGAAGCGGUGAUUGUAAGAGCAGCAUACGCUGAAAAUAUCGCUCACUUGGCGCACAUUGCGCUGCGUUAUCUAGAAAAUGCUCAUUUAAUAAACCUGGGUAAUAAAGAAGGGCCUAAGCCAAGUUAUGACAGUGAGCUACAGACAUUGCAUGAAAUGGUGCAGCAAUCAGUGUCAAUGUUGCUGACUGACUCGUCGAAUCUGGUAAAGCAGACGUUGAUGGAGAGUGGUAUCAAUAAACUGUGCGUGUUUUUUGGCAAACAAAAAGCCAAUGACGUGUUGCUAAGUCAUGUGAUAACUUUCCUCAAUGAUAAGGAAGACAAACAAUUACGUGGAUCUUUUUUCGAGUGCAUUGUCGGCGUGGCGGCUUACGUUGGCUGGCAUAGUAGUCCAAUACUGAUGCCCCUUCUCCAACAAGGACUCACAGAUCCUGAGGAAUUCGUAACUAGAAAGGCGAUAAAUGCAAUGGCGACACUCACCGAACUCGGCCUACUCCACAAGUCCGCUUUGUAUCAAUUGCUAGCAGAAACUGUCGUCUUUCUUGUUCAUCCGAACUUGUGGAUAAGACACGCGACCGUCGGAUUAAUCUCAGCCGCUGCGCGGACAUUGAAUUUAGUCGACGUGCAAUGCAAAGUACAAACUAUGAUUCAACCUUAUCUCAAACAUUCUCUUAUACAGAUCGAAAAGGAAGUGCUCGUUCUUGAAGCUCUGAUACCAAGCAUACCAAGAGUCGUCUAUGACUCUGUCAUAAAGUACCAGGAUGUCGAAGAAUUAUUUCGCGCGUUUGAAGAACGAAAGUCUGCUCGUUCUAAAGCGAUAACUGGCAGCGUACCGCAGUAUAGUGAAACCUCAGUAUCAUUGCGUAAUUUAUUCCGGCGACUCAGUUCUGAAUCAAUGACUGAGACUGUUGAGGAUCAAUUACUUGCAAUGAAAUCCCACUUAAUUAAAAUAAAUAAGUAUCGUAUUUCCGCUGAUAGUAAACAGAAUGCAAUGAAAUCUGCCACUGAAGGUAAAUUAGAAUUAAACGCAAUAAAAGACACGAUACGUCAUCAUGUUGUCGUACUUUAUCCCGAUACCAAAAAUGAUAUUGGAGUUACGAGUUACAAGAAAUUCGAUCGGCGAACUUCUGACAGUACUACGAAUUACACGACAAUGAAUCAAGAAUGGAGGACGAUGUUUGCAGCUCAAGAGACCAAUAAUUCUGUUGGUAAGAUAACUGAUUUGACUAAUAGCGGUAGUAGUCCAUCACCGACGAUCCACAGCGGUGAUAUUCAUCUAUCACCGCAGCACAGUUUGACUGACAUAAAUAGUAUGAAUGAUCAUUCGUUACAUGAACGUUCGUAUAUACAGUAUCGUUGUGCUCCAUGUCGAUUAGAAUUACGACAGCUGACGUGUCGUAAACAAGAGCAGCAUGCGGCGGCAUUGAGAGCACAGCAUUGGGCAGACAACAUGGCCUGGCAUGCUGGCACUAGAUUAUUAUCAAGUAAUUGGCGACCAAGAGGUGUACCGGUGGCUUAUCUGCACGAGCAUCGAGCUGCAGUGAAUAGAUUAGUCUCGAUUCCCGACUCUGGUUUGUUUGCCAGUAGUGCAGCUGAUGGAUGCAUCAGAGUUUGGGAUGCCAGCAAGAUGGAGGGUAAAAAUCUUGCCAAUAGAUCACGACAAACUUACGUACAUCGCGGUGGUCCGCUGGUGGGAUUGGCAGUUUGUGACCAGGGGCAAUCGCUCGCGAGUUCUGCUAGUCAAUCGGGAUCAGUAUUUGUCUUGAGGCUUGACGCGGGUACCAGUAAAAUGACCGUACUGUCUUCUAAACAACUGGACGUGACAAAUGAAGGAUGCGCUGUUGAUCUUCAGUAUCUAGAUUCUGGUUCUCAGUCAGUACUCGUUUACGCAACACUCUACGGUUCGUUAAUAGGCUGGGAUUUACGGUGUCCCGGAACAGCUUGGAGACUUGAGAACGAUCUAAAACACGGUGUGAUAACUUCUUUCUGCGUAAAUAAUUAUCAGCAGUGGCUGGCACUCGGCACGAGUUCCGGUGCUCACAUCUGCUGGGAUCUCAGGUUUCAGUUACCAAUCAGUAACAUAAAACAUCCGACUGGCGCACGUGUUAGAAAGGUUAUUACCCAUCCGACCGAACAGUCGUGGAUUAUUUCCGCUGUCCAAGGUAAUAAUGAAAUUUCAAUGUGGAAUUUAGAGACUGGAUUCCGUCAGAUGGUACUCUGGGCCUCGAGCGCGCCGCCUUUGAGUCAUUCCCAAGAAGGUCAUAGUAUCUGUGGAAUGUACGCGGGUUCUACUGACAGAUCGGGCUUCCUAUUGGCAGGUGGAACGGACAUGAGAUUGAGAUAUUGGGACUUAAAUACACCGAAUGAAUCCUACGUGGCUUUACCAGCUGCCAGCGAUACCAUAACGCCAAACUCUUUGGCUUACGAGCAGCGAUUAAUUGACGGUACGAACGUCGUACAGGAAGUGCUCGCGGCUACAGGACCCAUAUCGUCCGCGGGUGCACGUGUGAGAUCCUCUGACGAAGGGGUUGCGCCACCACUCGAAGCACCAAAUCCCGGUCAUCAUGACACCAUUUCCGCGGUGGCGAUGUCCAACACGUGCAUACUCACUGGCAGUACUGACGGAUUGAUACAAGUCUGGAAGUGACUCGAUAUUGUUUUCAUCCUUAUCAUCAAUGUCAUUAAAUAAUUAUCGUUUAUUUUAUUUUUAUUUUUUUUUAUAUAUAUAUAAAUCAUUAAAAAACUGACUGUAAAUCUCCUGUGACCUAGAUACCCCGGUAAGAUUUAAAUAAAUUAUUUUUGUACAUACGUAAGAGCGAGUUUGAGAAUGCGUGAACUAAACAAUAAUAAAAUUUAUGAUACUGAAAUUAGCUGACGUUUAAUAAUUUUU